ACUUUCACCGGGGGUCAAACGGUGAUCUGAACGUUUUCCGGAAGCCGUGCAGAGAGAGCUUCAGGUCGACGUUUGUUGUUGUUGUUGUGGAUUGCUUUGGAUCCGCUCACCAGCUGUCUGGGAGUAGGGUCAGCGGAGAAACGAGCAGGCUGAAGUCAUUUUCCCCGUCGGAUGAAUGGCAGUCACGGCGGUGAGAGCGGCGGCAGCCGCGGGAGGUCCAGCGUCUUUGUCCCGCUUCAGGGGAGCGCUGGUCGCGGGUGUGCUAGGAGACUGUAUCGGAGGAGAGUUUGAAGGGGCGGAGGAGGUUCCCAUGGAGAGUGUGCUGCAGCACCUCAGCAGCCUGGACGACGAAACUAAAGGAACAGGGAAGGAAUGCAGUUUAAAAGAAGCAGAGAAGCCAUUCUGUGAACGUCUCCACCGAAUCAGAGACCUGAUGGACAGGAGCAAAGUUAGCAUAGAGGAAGUCAUCUCUGAACUGGGUAAUGGCAUUGCAGCUCUUCACUCCGUCCCCACUGCAAUCUUCUGUGUGCUCCACUGCCUGCAACCCCGGGAAUGCCUCCCAGAGAGCUACGGCGGCGUGGAGAGGACGAUAGCGUACAGCCUGGCGCUGGGAGGGGACACUGAUACCAUAGCCUGCAUGGCUGGGGCCAUCGCGGGGGCCCACUACGGCAUCGAGACCAUCCCUCAGUCCUGGAUAAGGUGCUGUGAGGGGGUGGAGGAUGCAGACCAGUAUGCAGAGAGGCUUUACAAGCUGUACCACCAGUCGCCACUGGGGGGCAAAGGCGAGACAGGCGAGCAGAGUGGCGAAAACAGGUCAACUGCUGCUAAUGGCACAGAGAAGAAAACUGGAGUAGAGUGAUGGAUCAGUCACAUUGUCAUUAAAAGACUUUCACACACAUAAAGAACGUGUAAAAAAGACUUUAAAUUUUGUUUUGUUUGGAAAAGCUUUUUUUGGGGGGGAUCUUCAUGGUAUUAAAUAAUUUAAGCUUUGAGGAAGAAAGUGAUUUUUCCAAACUGUCAACAUGAAAUUUAUUAAGUAUCUGAAAAUUAGAGCUGAAGAAAAUUUCCAGUCUUAAUUUUGAGAAUGUGGCUUUUACACAAACUGCCAAACUUCUCUGAACGCCAAUCCAAAAGUGGUCUAAAUAUGAAUAAACAGCAUAUUCAUACACGCUCUCUUUUCCUUGCUUUCCCCUGAUUUAUGUCCUGUCUCGUGAAAGUUGCACUAUAAAUUGACCAUGUCUUGUUUUAGCAAUUUGGUGAAAAAUAUUUAAUAAACUUUUUAUUUUCUUUUUAAUUCA